AUGCACAGACACGGCUUCAUUACAUGGCUUCCCUGUCCCUCCCUAUGCCAUUUCUCGUCCCUUCCCUCAUCACUCUCAGCGCUAGUAGCAGCGCAAUCGUCCGAUGAGCUGCUGCUGGGGCGCGUGGCGGAGAUGGAGGAGCAGCUCAACCAGCAGCUGCUGGAUGGAGGACCCGUUGAGGGCACCUCCCAGCCUGUCGGAGCUGCCACAACCAAGGCUGCUGCCACUGGCGGCUCUGCAGUUGACACCCUGCCACCGCGUCCCACCUUCACAGAAGGCCUGCUGAAAACCACCACUCUCCCCCGCGGCAUCUACCGCAACAAGCUGAAUAGCACCUUUCUGGAAUACCAGCGAAACGUGCACAAGGGGGAGGUAGAACUGCACUGCAUGGGCGGCACCUGCCCGAACCUAGACAGCUGCGGCUCGGCAUUCCCAAACGUGCGAGCCUGCUUCUGGCCGAACCUGGUAGACGAGGACUACAUUUACCCGGACCAGCCUGAGAAUUGCCCGAAGCUGUCGAAUUGGGAGGAGGUUGGGGCGAAGGGGGCGGAUCCUAGGUGCACGCACCCUGGAGAUAAUCUGAGAUUUGAUAAGUAUGUGCCGCAGUAUUUUGAGAUCAAGGACGUGUUUGUGGAUGCUAAUGGGGUGCUCUUUAACGAGUCGCUGCACUUCUUCCGCCAUGGGUGCUUCAAAGACAAAGAGUUUGCCUACCACGCAAAUCAGACCAGCGUGCAGCAUUACCACCGCCUCAUAUCGCUGCUCUACCAGCUGGGGGGGGCGUUCUACCACACGCUCAUCGAGGUCGUGCCGCACUUCCUGCUGCUCGCACCUCUGCUAAGAGACAACCCCGGCAUGCCCAUCGCUGUCAGCCGCAAACAGGCAAGCUCACCAGCUUGGGUCACCUUGAACCGUACUGCACUCCUCUCUCCUCCUGCUCCCUCCCCGCCAGCACAGCUGAAGAUGUAUGACUCCGUGCUGUAUCCCAUCGUGGGAAUCAGCUCGCGCGAGCUGAACCUCGUUCUCGUGGACGACCGGGACCAGAAGAUGCUGCUGCACGCUGACAUGGCGUACCAGGUACUUGCUUACGUGGCGUUCCACGCACGUGCUGAUGUGCCAUACCAGGUACUUGCUGACGUAUCGUUCCACGUACGUGCUGACGUGGUGUACCAGCUCUCCUCCACUGCCUCAGCACCUCAUCCAAUCCUCUUCCCCCCACCCCCACUGCAGCCUGUGUUCCAAGCGCGCGACAGGGCGGCACCAGGCGUGUGGCGGGAGCUGAGGUGGGCGGCGCUACCUCGUUAUUUACCCUCUCCCUCUUCGUUUCCUUCCUCCCACUACCCACUCCCACUGCAGCCUGUGUUCCAAGCGUGCGGCAGGGCUGCACCAGGCGUGUGGCAGGAGCUGAGGGGGCGCUACCUCGUGAAUCCAUCAAUUCACUCUUCAUUUCUUUACCCCCCCUCCUGCCGCACACCCUCCCCCCCUUUCCCACUGCAGCCUGUGUUCCAGGCAUGCGGCAGGGCGGCACCAGGUGUGUGGCGGGAGCUGAGGCGGCGCUACCUUGUGCCAUCCGACGGCCUCCCCAUGUUCGCCCCGGGCUUUGCUCCAAGGAGCAGCAGCAGCAGUGACGGCACUGGGAACAGCAGCACCACCGCCACCAACAGCAGCAGCAUCGCCCCUCCGUGGACGGACGAGCAGAUGGCGCGGCUGCCCGCCAGCUGGCUGGCUGUGAUUGCUCGGCGCCACAAGUCCAAGCGGCGCAUCGCUGGCUUCCCGCAAUUGGUGGAUUCCAUGAAGCAGAUCUUCCACCCCUCGAGGGUGUACGUGUUUGAUGGCAAGCUGAAUCUCACCCAAGCCAAGACCGUGUUCAACAGGGCAGCAGUAUUCGUGGGGUUGCACGGGGCAGGCCUGGCCAACAUGGUCUUCAUGCCGCUCAACGCCAGCAUCUUUGAAAUCCGCCCGCGGGGCUACCCCAACCCGUGCUACCACCAUCUCGCCACAGCCACUCAGAUGCACUAUCAUUUGAUCCUCGGAAAUGGUACCAAGGACAGUGAGCUGAAAUUCAAUCACACAGAGGCUGUGGAAGUGCUGAGACUGAUUGCCAAUCGCACAAGAGCAAGAAUGUCGGCUGAGAAGUUUGAGUCGAUUAAUCUGCUGCCGCCGCUGGAGGCGGUUGGGGAGGAGGAUUGGGAGGAGGGGGGUGGGCUGGACGGGGACGAGGAGGACAACGGGGGGGGGGGGAAUGCGGAGUUGACUAUUCCGCUGGAGCUUAUGGCGGAUGUGACUCUAAAGGCGCUGAAUGACACAGAUGUAGGGGCGGAGGAGCAGGAAGAGGAGGUGAAGAGUCUGGAUGAGGAGACUAUAAAGAGGAUGGAGAGUGAGAGGGUGGUGACGAUUGGGGAGUUGAGUGAGGAUUUGAAACGGGCUGAGAUGAAACAGGUGCAUGUAAAUUCAGGGGUGUCACAUGAUAAGCGCAAGGCGAUUCUUAACUGUACGGGCAGCCCGUGCCCUGAUUUUUCGGGCAGGUGUGAGUCGAAUCACGAAGCUUCGGCCUGCAGGAGGGAUGAAAUCACGGACGAGGGUUUUGCCCGCCCGGCGAUUCCUAUAAACUGCCCGAAGAAAGGGAAUUUGACGACUGUGGGGCCGGAGGGGAGGGAUGAGAGCUGCUCGCAUACGUCGGACUUUGGGUGGUACGAACCGGGUACAUUCCAGAUUUACCUUUUGCGGGGAGUGUAUAUCGACCACGAGGGGCAUGUGUUCAACAAAACGACCCAUUUCAACCGGGAGGGGUGCAACAACGACUCUCCGUUUGAGUACAAGAAGGGGACUAAGGUGCAUAAGCUCAAGAGGGUGGUGAACCUGGCGUACUAUCAGGGCCGCAACUUCUACCACGGGCUCAUUGAGUGGACGCCCCAGCUCUUCCUCCUCAGCUCUCUCCUGCGCGCCAACCCCACCAUUCCUCUGCUCGCCAUCCAUGACCAGUGGGAUUUUUACGAGAAUAUAUCGAAGCCUAUUAUAGGGGUGGAGCAAUUCGCUAUGAACCGACUCAAUAUAAGCCGCGGCGAGCUCUUCUAUGCCGAUGAGGUGUACCUUCCACUAUACCAGGCAUGUGGUAAGGCCAGUCCCUCCCUCUGGUCUCUCCUCCGCUCCCACUUCCUCCUCGCCCCACAAGGCCUCCCCAUCUUUCCGCCCAUCACCUGGAUCCAACGGCCAGGAUUGGCCAAUCCGGUGAACCAGACCGAGGCAGCCAUGGUGCCGCCCGAUUGGAUGGUGCUGCUGGUGCGGCGGCCAGGUGUCAAGCGCUCGUUGGACCGCUGGGACGAGCUGUAUGAGUCGGCCGUGUCAGUGUUCUCAUUGAAUCGGGUCCAUGUGCUUAACGGCUCAGUGCCUAUGCUCAAAGCUCGGUCGCUGUUUCGAAGAGCGAGGCUGCUUAUAGCAGGUCACGGUGCAGCAAUGGCUAACAUGGUCUUCAUGCGACCCAACAUGACAGUCUAUGAAAUUCGACCCGACAAGAGCAACAACGCGUGUUACCACCACCUAGCACAUGCAUGCGGGCUCCGAUACUACCUCACUUUUGGGCAAGGGGAUGGGGAGAGCGUAGUGAAGAUUGAUGUGUGGAAGAUUACAGGGGUGUUGAAGGAAAUUGCCAAGACGUUUCCGCCUUUGCCUGGGGACGAGCAUCCAGAUAACGUGUCUAUAUUUGGAGAUGGUUAA